AUGGGCGACAAAUCUGCUUUUGAAGAACUCAACAACCAGCCACCCGCAGCCCAGCAGACGACCCUGGAAAUGUUCCUCCAGGAGCAGAAAGACAUUCCGCAUUCUGUUCCAUCUUCGCCUGACUUUGCCAAGUUGACCAACAUAGGGCUCUUGACCAAUAACAGCAUACCCUGGGCUGUUGUUCGCCCAGAAAAUGCUCUGCAAGUUGCCAGGCUUGUGGUAUAUCUUGUUGCCAACCGUAUUCCCUUCACUGUACGAUCAGGCGGCAAUAACUUUUUCGGGAAAUCGCAAAUCAGCAACUCGGUGUGCAUCGACUUGCGCUCCAUCUCCUUUUGCGAGAUAAACAAUGAUGAAAAGACGGCCCGAAUCGGCGGUGGUAUUCUCUUCGAGAAGCUCAUUGGCGAUUUGCAGAACAAAGGAUACUCAGCUGUAACGGGCAUGGUACCUCCAAUUGGGUUUGUUGGGUGGUCUUGUUAUGGAGGAUAUGGACCCUUUGCCUGGCUUCAUGGCUUGGGGCAUGAGUCAAUCCUCGGAGCCAAAGUUGUAGAUUGGCGUGGUUGUAUUAUCGACGCUGACAUUGACCUCCUCAAAGGUAUCCGAGGAGCUGGAGGCGGUUUUGGAGUUAUUGUGGAAUUAAUCAUAAGAAUAUUUCCACAGGGAAAUCUCCUCUCUGGGCAUGUAAUAUUCGACGAGUCAGACACAAAGACCACGGUAGCCAAUAUCUGCCGUGAGACGGAACGUCAACUGUUGAGAGAUCCAGCAGAAAGCCUUUAUAUGGCACCCUUGUUUAUUGUCACGCCCCUGGGUAAAGCACCCUUCUGUCAAGUAAUGUGGCUCCACGAAGAUCAGGAGCAACGCAAAAGGGAAAUCGAAAAGAUCACACAGCUUGGCCCGUUUUUCCACACGACAGUGAAAGGUACAACGCACUUGGGCGCGAUAGACGACUUCAGAGACAGCUUUGCCAUGCCUGGGAUGAUUGGAAACGUUGGUACCAUUAGCGUCCUGUCAUUAACAGAGCAGGUCAUCGACAUAAUUGCACACCAUUUCGACAUUAUGCCCAAUGAGAUCGGACUGGGUUUCGCGAUUCACAGCACCAGAGAGGCUCCCAGAGAGGCAGCUCGGGCAUCUUGUUUCCCGGCAACAGAGCGCCAUUUCAUGCUUGAGUUCCUGGGUUGCGUUGACUCGGAGGAAAAGGUCAAGAGAACUAAUAAAUGGCUUAAAGACUUCAUGGAAGCUAUCAGAGGAACUGACCAGGCCAACAUUCUUCCCACUACCUAUAUCAACUUAACGCCUCCUGGUCAAAACACGUUGAGAAGGGCAUAUGGGCCAAACUAUGGCUUCCUCUUGAGCCUCAAGAAAAAACACGACCCACGCGGGGUAUUCAAUACUGCUCCCCCAUUUGUAACAUUAGCCUCGGGGGAGGAGUUAUUGUAUAGUAAGAUGGUCAAGAUUUAG